UUAAAAAUAAUAUAUACUUUGUAUUACAUUGUUCGUUGUAUUAAAAUCUAUAUACUAUUUUAUCUUAAGGUUAUAAAAAUAGUAAAAUGCAUUGGCAAAUUUAUUUCGAAUUAUUUUUUGGUAUUGUUUACCUGUUGUGCAAACCAAUUAGAGUCUAUUCAAACGCGGCUACAGGCGCAAUGGAAACUCUUUCAAGGGCAUGUGAAGGGAUGUUAACAUAUGAUGAACUAUCAGAUGAAGAAAAAAAAAUAAAAGAAAGGGUUAGAGAAGUGUUAUUGAUGACAAAUAAUGAGACUUCUUUUCAAGCACUAAAUAUUAAAAAGACCUAUGAAAUACCUGAAAAUAUGGAGGCAAUAGUUAAGGAAAUAUUCCCAGAGUCAACAAUGAUUUAUUCUAUUUUGGAUGUCUGGAAUAAAUUGAUAAAAAUUAAUAACAAGGAAGCAGAAAUAUUAAAAGUAAAAUUGGAUCGAUUAAACAUGGAUGUAUUUAUUACUUGUAGAAAUCUUAUACAAAUUUUAAAUAAUACUUAUGUCCAACCUCCAAAAAUAAUGGUGCGUUUAUUCAACGAAUUGCUUAAAGGAUUUCAUAAAAAAGAUAUGGAAAAAACUGGAAAAAUCUCUAUAGAUGAUUUUAAUAACGUCAUAGAUACAGCUUUUAAUAACGAUGUUACAAAAAAAGAGAUUAAAAAAUCUUUUGAAAAUAUACAUUACGUAUAUUAUGAAGCUUGGUUAAUGAAAAAAAGAAAUGAUGUUAAUAAAUUACCUUCGAAGUUAAUGAUGUUAUUCACUUGAGAUAAUCAUAAAGAAGAUGAUUAUUAUUAAAAUAAAUCAUCAGUACAACAGUUGGUUUUUAUAAAUAUUAAAUUGUUUAAAGCUUAUUAACUAAACAAAAAGAAUAAUAAAUAAUUAUUAACAAGAAUUCGUUUUUAUAUUAAUUAAUAUAUUAAUAGCUGGCGGCCCAGCGGAAAAUAUUAGCGAACGAUUGUUGCAUUCUUUGUAAUGUGGAAAAGUGGUGUAACAUUUGAUCAGCGACGGUUUUUUUGUUAAUGAUAGUGAGAAUUACUGUCUUUUGUUGAUAAUUCGGUAGUUAUUCCGACUUUAAUAAGCCAUAAUUAUGCCACGGCUAUUGUUUGGCAGGCAAUCGUAAAAACGCCGGUUUUUCUUCAUGAAUGUGACAUAAUAUUGUAUCAUGUGAUAAUAAAUCGCGCGAUUCCAGGUCCGCGGGAUUAUCAACCGUAUUGAUAUAAAACCAUUUACACCCCAGUAUUAAUUGCUGUAUUUUAGCGAUUCUGUUUGUUACAAAUACUUUAAAACCUUUGGCUAACGAUUAACCACGAUAAUAUGACGGUGAGUCGAUCUACACAUUGAUCUUUGGAAAAUCAAUGUUUAAACAUUUUUUUACGAGUUUUAACGUUGUCGCGAGUAAUAAAGCAGUAUAUAGUUCAAGACACUGUAAUUUGAUAUUUAUGAGUUAUGAUUGGCUCUACUUUGGUCUUAUAAGUGACAAAAUUUAUCAUAGUGUGACCAAAAAGGUCUACUACCCGCAAAUAAACAACGGCCGCGUAACCACGUAAACUCCUCUGGUAGAUGACUGUGCCAUUCAAGACCCGAUUGCGAUAACCUUUGCAUAAAUGUUUUGAUCCAUAAGAGUGUAGGCCCGAGCGUACCUAUAGAAUCGAAAAGUCUGGCGAUGGUAGAACGUACCUUGCGUUUCGUGUAAUAAAUUGCCCACCAUCAUUGCUUUCCUCCUCAGUCCCUAGUAUCGUUUCACAAUUUUUCUUGAUUGGUAAAUACAGUGCGUGUCUACGUCACUUGCCGAGGACUUGAAAGUUAGCUUGCCUAUACGGAACGCCUGAACUCAUAAGUAAUCGAAACAUUCGUUCAAACUUAAUCAUCAGUGAGCGUAUCAUAAUGUUUACACUAUUAAAAGUGUAGCAAUUGAAAUCAAUUUUACUAAUUUGUAUAAAUGUAAAUUAAAUUUAUAAAA